UUUCAGUCCGAGACAUUUCACAAUCAAUAAAGGGCUGCGUCCGUCCCUGAUCAGAGCCUGGGGUUGAGCUUCAUACGCUGCGCAGCGACACUCAGAGUCCAUCAUGAAGUCUCAGCACAAAUGCAUUGUGAUCUUUGCGCUGGUGUGCUGCUGUGCUGUCCUGAUAGCAUUAAUAUUCUCUGCUGUAGAUGUGUGGGGGGAUGACGAGGACAAUAUCGAUGGAGCAAAAUGUAGAAGAUCCUGCCGUGUUGUGCUUGUGGAGAAUAUUCCAGAAGAUCUGUCCAUUCCAUAUAAGGACACAGUUUCACUGGCCACUGGUCUCCGUGAGCUUUUGGAUCAAGCACAUCGAUCUGUUGAGAUUGUGUCACCAUGGUGGGCUCUGAACUCUACCGAGUAUGAGUCAAAACCUCCCCAGGCCAAGCAGGGUCAGAUCUUACUCCAUCAGUUGAUGCGUCUGCAGUCUCGGUCAGUCCGUUUGAGGGUGGUCAGUGAACUAAGUAAUUCCUCAGAGCUCAAGGCACUCUCUCAGAAUGGUGCGGAGGUGCAUUACCUGAACAUGACAGCCCUCACUAAAGGGCACAUCAACUCCUCCUUCUGGGUGGUGGACAGGAAACACAUGUACAUAGGAAGUGCUGGCAUGGAUUGGAGGUCACUGUCUACGAUGAAGGAGUUUGGCAUCAUUAUUUAUAACUGCACAUGUCUGGUGUUGGACCUGCACAGGAUAUUCAACCUCUACCGGCAACUGCAGUAUAAAGACUUUUUGCCAUCAAUUUGGUCCAAGAAACUGAAAGCUCUGUAUAACCAAGACAAGAACCUGCAACUUCAUCUGAAUGACACUGAAGCAAAAGCAUACAUUUCUGAGCAGCUGAAGGAAAGGGAGAGAGGGAAUGCUGCAUAA